UGGAGAAUCACCAUGUGGCGCUGUAAUUGGUUAAAGACAGUAUAUUAAAACAUAAUAAUAAUUAUGUAUAUGCCAAUUCAAUUUCUGCAGCAGAUUUGACCGGCAAAGCACGACUUCUGUCAGUUUCCAGACUAGCUGUGGAAACACGAACAGGAAUUUUGCUGCCGAAUAAUAUCAUGCUUACAAAAUGCAAACGUGUGCCAUGGAGCCUUUGAAAAAAUAUCGUCGUGUAAUUUGUAUGUUGAAGUCUGUAUAUUCACAUGUACAGGGAAUCGAAUCUUUUCUCGAGACGAUCGGGUGGAGAGAGAGCAGAGAAGGGAAAGAACCCGGCUUAAUUUCGAGCAGUGACAGUGUAAAAUAUAAGAGAUUUAUUUCUGAAAUCAUUGUCUGUACCACUCAAGACGUGAAACUGUUAUCGCAGCCCGUCAAUUUUCAACAGUUGUCGAGCCAGAGGGAAGUGGUGGCCAGAGUCAUACAGAAGCUUUGUGAAAAAGGGAAGAAGAAUGUCCUGUCUUCUGGAUAUGCCUGUAUUUCUGAGAACAGUUAUCAAUUUGUCAAGUUUGCUCCCAACAUUUGCAUCUUCCAACCCAAUCAAACUACCUUCACCAUUGGUGCCAGUCCGCUUUGGGAGAUUUUGCUAAGCAGGAUUGGUGAUGAUGUCAUGAUGCAUUUGUUGCAACACUGUGCUCUGUUCAUGCUUGCACCCCCAAGCAGUUGCUAUCAGAUAUGUGGAGUUCCUUUCUACAAUUUAGUGUCCUCGGGUGUUGUUUUUUCAUUCAGGUGCACCCAGCAGAAGUCACUAAAUGCCAAAUUCAAUGUCUUAUCAAAGUUUGUAAAAUUGCAACGUGGCUUUUAUAAAAGGUACCAGCAGAAGGUUUAUCAGUGGAAACAAAGAUCAGCAUUUGGAGAGCAAUCUCGUUACAAUCUACGAAGUUCAGCAUCCUUUCAGCGGAAACAGACUAACAAAAUCAUGAAGGCCGGCCAACAGAAGAAAAAGCGUCUUGGUAAAGGUGUUGUUCCUCCUGCCAAAAGGGUUAGAUCAGAUUCUUGCAAUGUCAGCCUUCUGGUAGAUAAUCGAAAAGGUGCAAAAUCCUGCCAGCCAAGCAUUCAUCCCAAGAAAGAAAAGAAGAAAGUGCCCUUUAAGGCCCCCUCAGUCGACUUCUCUUCUAUUUAUAUCGAAAGAAGACAUAUGUUUUAUUCAAGCCAGGUUUUAAAGAAAAGCUUUUAUAAUUCCUUUGGGAUGAGCCGGCAAAAGGACUUCAAAGUUGACGAGAAGAGACUGAUUGAGACAAUCUUCUUGCAGGGAAAUUUGUUUGGAGGAAAUGAUGCCAAAGGGAGGCCUGACAACUACUGGAGGAAAAGGAUGCUGCCGAAACGCUAUCACCAAAUGAGGAAAGUGUUUAAGGAGCUUGUGAAACGACAUGGAACGUGUCGGUAUAUUGAACUGUUGAAGAAGUAUUGCCCUUGCCCUUUUAAUCCUGCCAAAACCCAAGAAUCAAGCAACCAGGGAAGUACAUUAGAAAAACUGCUGCAGCAGCACAGCCAUCCCUGGAAGGUGUACAUGUUUGUGAGGGAAUGCUUACAUUAUGUGGUACCACAAGAACUGUGGGGCUCGAACCACAACAAAUGCAGAUUCCUGAAAAAUGUGAAGAAGUUCAUCUUUUUGGGGAAGUUUUGCAGGUUUUCUCUUUCGGACUUGAUGUGGAACAUGAGACUCAACAACUGCUACUGGCUGGAAAUCAAAAAUAAGAAUAAGAAGAGAUCUCAUUUUUAUCCAGAGGAACACAGGCUUCGUGAAGUGAUCCUGGCUAAGUUCUUAUACUGGUUGAUGGGCACCUAUGUGGUGCAGCUACUUAAGACCUUCUUCUACAUCACAGAGGCUGUGAAAGGGAAGAACACGUUGCACUUCUACAGACAGUAUGUCUGGGAACUUCUGCAAGAUAUUGGAGUCAGAAAACAUCUAGAAAAAACACAGCUGCAACCCUUAUCCACAGAGGAGAUUGCAGAAAUGCAGAGAUACAACAAAGACCUGAUGAUCUCCAGACUUCGGCUCAUUCCCAAACACAAUGGGUUGAGACCCAUUGUGAAAGUUGGGAAAACAGUGGGAAUGCAGAAGCACAUUCAGCAAACCAACGAGAAGAAGCUGAAGCUCCUGUGCGCUGUUCUGAAUUAUGAACGGAGCAGAAAUCCUUCUUUAUUGGGAUCAUCCGUGUUUGGAAUGGAUGACGUCUAUAAAGUGUUGAAGCAGUUUGCAAAGGAAAGGAAACAACACAUGCAAGACGUAACUCACUACUACUUUGUGAAGGCUGACGUCACUGGGGCCUUUGACACCCUUCCACAUGAUAAACUGCUAGAUGUGGUUUCAGGUAUAAUACAUCCUGAUAUCGAAGAAAGCUAUUGCAUCCGCCACUAUGCUGAGAUCUGGAGUGACCCUGUCCGACAGAUAAGGAAGUCAUUUAAGACCGAUGUUUAUACAAUGAUAGAUCUGCUACCAAACAUGAAGCUGUUUGCCUCUCAAUUGCAGAAGGAGAAAUCUUUACGAAGCGCAGUACUAGUAGAACAGGGCCUGUCCGUAAAUGAGCCUUCUAAAAAACUGCUUGCAUUCUUCAAACAAAUGCUGAAGAGUAAUGUCUUCAAGAUUGGAAAUAAGACCUACCUGCAGAGAUGCGGAAUCCCUCAGGGCUGCAUUGUGUCCACACUGCUGUGCUGUUUGUGCUAUGGAGACAUGGAGAACAAACUCUUAAGUGGAGUGCAACAAGAUGGAGUGUUGCUAAGAUGGGUGGAUGAUUUCUUGCUCAUUACUCCUCACUUGUCAAAUGCAAAAAAGUUCCUCAGAACGCUUGCAGCCGGCAUUCCUGAGUAUGGGUGCAUUAUAAGCCCUCAUAAAACAACUGUCAACUUCCCUAUUGAUGACAUCCCAGGUUGUGCCGCGGCCAAACAGUUACCUGGGGUCUGCAUGUUUCCAUGGUGUGGACUUCUGCUGGACACUCGCACAGCUGAAGUGUUCUGUGACUAUGGAAGUUUUUCCGACACCUCCAUUAGAUCAAGUUUGACUCUCGGUUCCUCUCCCUGUGUUGGAAAAAAGAUGAGGAAUAAACUGCUGGCAAUUCUUAGACUAAAAGCCCAUGCCAUUUUUCUUGAUCUGGAGCUCAAUAGUCAAAAGACAGUUUGCAUUAAUAUCUACAAGAUCUUCCUUCUUCAAGCUUACAGGUUCUAUGCUUGUGUCCUCAACCUGCCAUUUGGACAGAGGGUCAGAAACAACCCUUGUUUUUUUCUUUCUGUGAUCUCACAAAUGGCCACCUGUUUCUACUCCACCAUAAAAAUCAAGAACAAAGGGACUCGACUUGGUGCCAAGGAUGCCUCUGGAAUUUUACCCUUUGAAGCAGUCCAGUGGCUCUGCUACAGAGCCUUCAUAGUCAAGUUGUCCAGACACAAAUGUACCUCUGUGUGUCUGAGUAGACCUUUGAAAACAAGCAACAAGAAGCUACAGAGGAAACUCCCAAAAGAGAUGUUUGAGCUGCUGAAACAGAUCACUGAUCCUGCUCUACCUCCAGAUAUUGCUAGAAUCAGAGAUUAACUGCUACGUUAGGCAGUCAAGCUACAAAGGAAGGUGUAAAAUGGAGUCCAGGCUCGGGUCACACUGAAAUGAGUGUGGUGCUCUCUCUGUAGUCAUUCAUGCAUUACCGUUGGUCAGAACCAUCAUACUUGGUCGCAACUGUGUCCAAAACGGAAAUCUACAAAUAUUUCAGGUCAAAAACAUUAAGGUAUAUUGGAAGAAUAUGGUGAAGAAAUAAAAUUAAAAAAUUGUCUGUGUUCUUUCUAAUAUGUACAAUAUGAAAGAUUGUUGCAGAAUUUACAUUUGUUCAUAUUGCUUAGUUGUACUAGUCUGGCACCAGUUUAUUACUGCCACUAUGUUUAAAACAAUGUUGUGGCCACGCCUUUGUGAGGGGCUUGAAUUGUAAAACCAAAUAUGUUGCAUGUGGUUUAUUUCUCACACUGAACAUACUGCAUCUGUAUAUUAGAUUUACUUUUAUAGUUACUGUAUUUUAUACCUCG